UCUUACACUGCUUGGUCAUUGCCAUGCUGCAUUUGCCGCACGAAUUUUCACGUGUUUCCAAGUGCAGAAACUAUGCGCUGACUAUUUUUGUUUAUUUCCGUGUGACGAGCUCACGUUUUUUACAAUAAAUUGUCGCGAUGAAAGCUGUUCAGACAGCGAUUUUGACAGUUCUGAUCAGUGUAUCAUGGGCUGUUUUACUUCGCGAUCCCAAAAAACUGCCAUGUGAAGAGUAUGAUUUGUUUGAUCCACCAACCAAAAUUCUGCGAGAGGCGAAUGGCGCUAGUCCACCGGAAACCAGCGAAGAUCUUGCUCACCAGGUGGUUCAUCAGCUCAAUGCACGAACGAAUUCCUUGUUUAAGUCCAUGGUAGUCCAAGUGAAGCACUCUCACAAACAAAACGAUGGGAACGAACGGUUGACCUUUUACCAAGUGGAAACUAAGUGCAGAAAUAAUGGGAAACCGCCUCAUACCCUCAUCGGCUGUCCUUAUCGACAGCAAGGAAAAGUACAAGAAUGUACCGCUACAAUCACACCUGGAACACACAUUAAGGAUGACAGCGUCGCUUGUAAGCCGGCGCACUUCGGACAAAUUUUAGGAACGAGCUCGAAUGAUUUUGAUCAUGUCGACUGGGCUGACCUGCAGCAACUUCAAGACUUGCCACUGACGGGUUUUCGGACACCAUCGCAUGAGAACUUUAAAUGCUUCAAACUGCGUUUUGGAAAGACUUAUGCUACUCAAGAAGAGCAUGAUCGGAGGUUCAAGUUGUUCCAGACAAAUAUGAAACGUGCGUAUUUGUAUCAAAUCACUGAACAGGGAACCGGCACUUACGGCCCAACAAAGUUCAGCGAUUUAACAGUGGAAGAAUUCCGAAGCCUGUACACGGGAUUAAAACCUUUGCCAAACUGGAACAAAAAUCUUCGAGCUGCACAAAUACCGGACAAUGCCAACGCUCUUCCGGAAGCCUUUGACUGGCGGAACAAAAGCGCAGUAACUCCUGUAAAAGACCAGGGUCAGUGUGGAUCGUGCUGGGCGUUUAGUACAACCGGAAAUAUAGAAGGACAGUGGGCGAUCAAAAAGGGCAAAUUAAUUUCAUUAUCGGAACAAGAACUAGUGGACUGUGAUAAAGUGGACCAAGGCUGUGGAGGAGGACUCCCCAGCAAUGCGUAUAAAGCGAUCAUCGAUAUUGGCGGCUUGGAGAACGAAGCCGAUUAUCCCUACGACGGAAGAAACGAUAAAUGCACGUUCAAGAAGGAAAAAGUUAUUGUGUACAUCAACGAUUCCGUGGAAAUCAGCCAGGACGAAACUGAAAUGGCGCAAUGGCUAGUGGAUAACGGCCCGAUAUCUAUCGGAAUCAAUGCCAAUGCAAUGAUGUUGUACAUGGGGGGAAUAUCGCAUCCAUGGAAAGUCGUUUGCAGUCCAAAAAACCUUGAUCACGGAGUACUUAUCGUCGGAUACGGAAAAGAUGGGAAAAAUCCUUACUGGAUAGUGAAAAACAGUUGGGGUCCGCACUGGGGUGUUAAGGGAUACUAUCUUGUUUACCGCGGGGAUGGGACUUGCGGGUUAAACCAGAUGUGCACGUCGGCAGUCGUGAAGUAAAUGUCAUUGCCUUGCGGGUCAUCGGAAAAGUGGAUAGUAGACUGGAUACUGUACCCUCUAACUGCAAAUCAAAGUGACCUUCGAACCUGGAGUUUGCUCAGGAUGCCAUUUGAUUUCUUUAUUAUUAAUCAGCCAUUACUUUGUACAUUUCACCAGUUCACGUCGUAUAUAGUUUCAUUUUUAAAAAAAGUUAGUACCAUAAAAAAUCAAACACAC